UUAAGCUGCUUUGUUGUAAUUCCCUUGUAGGUUUCCUGCAGAAUUUAGCCUAAGUGUUGCAAUGGAACCGAGCUGGAGUACGUUUUUAUUCCAACAGGCCAAUGAGGCUCUGCAUCACCAGCACCAAAUAGCCGGGAACAGCCUCUUGCCUUUGCUCAGUUCUGGAACUGAACCACCUGAUCAGAAACCAGUGCUGCCCAUUCCCUUGGACCAGAAACCCCCUGUUAGUGCUGCAGAACUUCUUAAAGACAAUGUGGCUAGUGGGACUGGGGGAGGAGGAGGAGGUCCGCCAGUUGCUGUAGUAAAAAAGGAGCCUAAAUCAAAGACGCCCUUCAUCUGUGGUUACUGCAACAAGGCUUUCCGUGACAGCUACCACCUCCGGCGGCACGAGUCUUGCCACACUGGCAUUAAGAUGAUUUCGCGGCCUAAGAAGACACAAACAGCCCCCACUAUGGUGCCACUCAUAUCUACUGUACCACGUCAAAAUAGUGGAAAUCCUUCAUACAUUACUACUGUAGCUGGUAUCCUGACUACAGCCACCACGUCCACAUCCACAGGCACCAGCAUCAUGACCCCAAUGCAACACCAACAGCAGCAGAGCAUUCCUAAGAAACCCCCUAAACUAGUGAAAAAGAAUCACGGUUGCGAUAUGUGUGGUAAGGCCUUCAGAGAUGUGUACCACCUCAACCGCCACAAGCUGUCGCACUCUGAUGAGAAGCCGUUUGAGUGUCCCAUCUGCCAACAGAGGUUUAAGAGGAAGGAUCGCAUGACAUACCAUGUCCGCUCCCAUGAUGGUGGAGUUCACAAGCCUUACAUCUGUUCCGUCUGUGGAAAGGGCUUUUCCAGACCUGAUCACCUAAGCUGUCAUGUCAAGCAUGUCCAUUCCUCAGAGAGGCCAUUUAAGUGCCAAGUAACGGCCUGUACCUCCGCCUUCGCUACCAAAGACCGUCUGCGCUCCCACAUGAUCAGGCAUGAAGGGAAAGUGACCUGCAACAUCUGUGGCAAAAUGCUAAGCGCUGCCUACAUCACGAGUCACCUCAAGACACAUGGCCAGGCCAGCUUCAGCAACCCAUGUAACAAUAAAGGCAUAAGUGACUGGCAGUGGAACCACUCAGGGCCACGAAAAGGUGAGUUGACGGUAGGAGAGAUUUUAAAUAACUCCUUUCAAGUCCUAAUUGACAACUCUCACAAAGAUGCCAACACUGUGCACAACAACUCGGCCACUACGACGGCAGUCACCAACGCAGCAAUAACUUCGGCCAUGAACCGUGGUGGCAUUUCCAGUAAUCCCGUCACCAUCGCUGCUCAGAUGAACAUCGGCACCAGUACAGUCAACAUCAUGUCACAGGUCAACCUGCAGCACCCCGUCACCAUCACUGGCCCUGUGAACCUGGCCUCCAUCAACAUCCCUACAACGGCACACAUGAAUAUCACCACUCCCAUGUCCAUGAAUAUCACCGGGCCACUCAACAUUGCCAUGAGAUCAAUGGAGAGCAUGCCUUUUCUAUCCCAAGUUCUGCCUUCCUCCCCUCCUUGGUAGAGUUUCUAUUAGUCUGUGUAAAAGCCGAUAAUGUUUUAACUGCCUAAUAAUAGAUGAGUCGCUCGAAUCUUAGUAAAACUGCCUGUUUGAUGGGUUGACAGUGUGUUAAACUUGAAACGGUGAUAAAGUUUGGGGUCACUUAGAAAUGUCUUUAUUUUUCAAAGAAAAGCACUGUUUUUUUCAAUAAAGAUAACAUUAAUCAAAAAUACACACUAUACAUUGUUAAUGUGGUAAAUGACUAUUCUAGGUGGAAACGUCUGGUUUCUAAUGAAAUAUCUCCAUAGGUGUAUAGAGGCCCAUUUCCAUCAACUAUCACUCCAGUGUUCUAAUGGUACAUUGUGUUUGCUAAUCGCCUUAGAAGACUAAUAUCUGAUUAGAAAACCCUUGUGCAAUUAUGUUAGCACAGCUGAAAACAGUUAUGCUGGUGAUAUAAACUAUACAACUGGCCUUCCUUUGAGCUUGAAGUUUGAAGAACAAAAUUAAUACUUCAAAUAUUAAUCAUUAUUUCGAACCUUGUCAAUGUCUUGACUAUAUUUUCUAUUCAAUUUUCAAUUCAUUUGAUAAAUAAAAGUGAGUUUUCAUGGAAGACACAAAAUUGUCUGGAUGACCCCAAACUUUUGAACGGUAGUGUAUGUAAUUCAACCACAUAGAUAGUAACGAAUGAUUGUUACCUGCAGGAAUAAUUAUUACUGCAUAUUUUGUAUUUUUUUUUAUUUUGGUUGUAUUUAUAGGAGAACAAAUUAUUUCAGAUAUCUGUAAUCAUGAUAGAAAAAUAAUAGUUUUGAGUGCUUGCAGCCACUCAUUGCAGAGAAUUAGCUCUGUAUUACUGAGAUAAAGUUCUGAGUCUGUCAGAAUAAUUCUUUAGGGAUGGUAACAUGGAUACAUCUGUUUUAUCAUAGUAUUAGUUUUAUUUUAUUUUAGAUAUUGUAAUAUAGGACAUUUCUAGAAAUGUAUUAGAGAACGGUUUUAUUGAUAUCAGAUAACCCAUUGAAUUAAUUACUUGACAAAUUAAGGUACUUCAUCACAUUGAUGCAACAAUUCUGUAAAUCAAAUAUUACCAUAAAUAAGUCUUGCUCAGAGAUAUGCGACAUUGCCCACACACCAAAAUGAAGAGAUACUGCAGUGUAAAUAGUAAGGCAACAUUUCUGGCGCAUGUCAAGUUAUUGUCGUCUCAAAGUAUAUAUCAUAAUGCUCAACCUAUGUCCACUGUUCCUCAGCGCCUAAGUUUGUCUUGUUUGUUCUGAGGGGCCAUGUCAUACUAAAAAAUCAACAGAUAAACUGGUUUGAAAAAAAUCAUAAACUUCAUUCAUUUUUCUCUGUUAACAACCACAUUUCAGUGUACAUUAGAUCUAGAACUGUCGAUGCAUGGUCCGAGUACGGAAGUUUAGUCAUGAUAACGCGAUCUUUUGGGGGAGGUGAAAUGAUACCUCCGUGUUCACAGAUGGUCUUGAGUGCCAACAUGUAUGGCCUCAAAUCUCCGCCGGCUGAUAAAGACUAUGAAAUAUAGUUGAAAACUCCAGAAAAAAAGAUAGCAAAUGGUCCUGAGGUCCAUGUUACUUCAAGGUGAACAAUUUUCUGGCUUCGGUAAAUGGCAUUUUGUGCAGAUAUUCCAAGUACAGAAUAUGUUAUGCCAAAGAUUUUCUAAGUAUCGUGUUGUCCCCUAAAUGCUAUAUUUCAACAGAUAAGAGAAACACCUUUAAACGGCAUUUGGACCAUCAUAGGACAAAACGCUCCUUUUGGACACCCAGAGUAAUGAAAUUGUGGCCUCAGGUGGGGCUGCCUGACCCGGGUCGGUCUGCCUGGCGAAUCGUUCAUCAAAAGCCAACAAUACCCAUUUUAUUAUUGCAAUAAUUAUCAUUUUUUAAAUAUGUAUUGAUGUGUAUAUUAUUGUUGAAUUGUUGGCCUUACACAGGAACAGGUUUCAUUAUACUUUCAAACAGAGUAUUUGCUUCCACUUUGGUGUACAAUUAUUGGGCAGUUAAUACAAUACCAGCUGCUGCAUUGUCACCCAUGUUUUAAAAAUGUUUUUUCCCCAUGCCUUCCCUUUUUUUAAACUAGGGUAGUUUGUUUUAUGACGACAGAGCCCUAUUCCAAAACUCUUUCAUCUCCAUUUAGCUGCUGAAGGACAGAGUUGAUCUCGUGCCAGUGGCCACUUCAACAUUAUUUUCAACUAAGCAUCUGAUUUCAAAUCUGGGUGUUAUGUAAGACCUUAUAGACCUUUAGGCUUUCUAAACGGCUCCUUGAGUUGAAGUGUAUUGCCAGAAUUCUCUUAAAUGCUUCCUCUUUAGGCACAUUUUGUUUCAAUUUGUUUCUGUUAUUUUAGGUGACUUGUCAGUAUUUGAUUGUUUAUGUAUUUUAAGGUUUUAAUUGCAAAAUACAAAGCUUCCAUUUGGAAAGCCUGAGUGAGUGAGUACCUCCCCCCCCCCCCCUGAUGUAUUUUUGUUUUAAUGGCUGGAAACCAGUCAGUCAACACAAGUUUCUGUCACACCUGUUUGAGAUUUUUUGUAAUGUAUUUAUAUCAUGACAUUUGAAGGUACAGCUAAGAGGAAAUGUCUUAUACUGAAAGCAUGACCCUUACGAUUUUCCCUUAAAAUAUCAGUAUUAUUUAAAGGUCAAAUAAUCUAAAAUUUCCAUUACUGAGGAAUGUUUAACUGUAGAGGUCAAGAGAGCUGCCCAGUAGAAUCUGUACUACAAACCAGUCUCAAAGUUAACCUGUGAUAUGUUUAGUUGGUAAGAUUGUUUACUUUAACAAGUAUAAGAUCCCCAUCACUGUCAGGCAAACUCAGGAGGGUUACUGAGAAUCGUCUUUUAAAACCAUGUUCAGCUAUUCACACACUGGUCUUCACUUUGUAAAUCUGAAAUACUAUGUUAUUGCCUUGUACCUGGGGGAGAGGGAACAUCUCUACUUAACAUAGGCUAGCAAUGCAAGAACUAUACCACUACUGAUGUGGCUGUCCAUCUGAGACUAGUUAACAGAUAAUGCUUGUGUCGCGUUAAGUUAUUAACUAAUAUCUGUAGCUACAGUUUGACACACCAUAUGCCUCCAAUAACAUAUAUUUAUACUGUUUUCCCAAAAAAAUGUAAAACACAAUCAGGAGCCAUACCAUUGGAUUGCCAAACUUGUUCAAUGACAUGAACACUGAGUGUAGUGGGUUCCUGUCCUCUGCCCCACACGGUGCUACUCCUCAGAGACUAGACUUGAAGCCAGAGAAUCUGACUUUGAGGAUUAACAGUGCUGCUGUUAUUCUCAUUGAAGGAGCAUGUCACCCAGUGCAGCGGCAUGGCUCUUUUCUGUAUUUUUAUUAGCUUUUGAAAAACACUUGUUAGCAAUAUCCGAUUAUGUCCCAGGGUUCCCUGGUGGCGUGUAUCUUAAGGAACACAAGUUCAUUAGUUUGUAGAUGUGACAACUGUUUAUAGUUAAGAGACUUUAGUCAGUGCAGGACCUCUAAAGCACUUGCAGCAGACUUUAGAAUGUGCACACUACAGAAGAAUGGUACUUAGAGGGGCUUUUCAAUUUGGUGGAAUGAGUCAAUGAUUGGUGUUUUUUACAGUUCACCUGGCCACAUCUGCACUUUGGCAGCCCAAAUGUUUGGCCCCUUAGUUUCAUUGUAUGCAACAAAGUCCACCAAAGGAAAUGUUCUAAUGUGUAAUGGCAUUAUGAUCUUGGAAUUUGAUUAAUUUACCAUCUGUACUUUUUUUAAUGUUCCAUUUAGUUGACUGAGCUUGUUCAGUGUAGGUUUUAGUUUAAAACCCAUUAUUAGAAGGCUAGUGACUUUUUCUGAAAACAAAACACACACAAAAAUUAGGAUGAAAGGAAGUGUGUAGUGUCAUUUGUCCUUCUCCAGUUGCCGUAAACAAGUGUGCCUGAAACAUUUUUGCAAGACUUUUCCACACAUUGACGCUUCCUCCUCUAGAUGUGCUGUGUGAGGGAACAGUUUGUGGGAAGCCUUCAUCAGUUCGGAAUGCCGUGGACCCCACGGGUCUGGCAACCAAACUAUAUUGUGAUUAGUUCUUUUUUUUUUUUUACCUGAUGAGUGUGAAGUUAUUUGACUUCAAGAACCUGAAACCUGAGUGGAGGUUUUUAUUUGGGUCACGGUCAUGUAGACAUAUCAAUGACAUUCAACCAUGUGGAUUCAUCUUUUUUUACUUUUCUUUUUACUCCAACCUAAUGUGAAAAACAUUAUUUGGCCAAAUAAUAUAGAAUAUUUUUUUUCUUCCUGUGAAGUUUGUAUGAUACAUUUGGCAGAUGUGAAGGCAAAUGAAUGUAUAUCUUUGUACAAACCAUUUAGUUCGAGAAUGUGUUAGUUAUGACAGACACAUGCAAGAAAAUAACCUUUUAUACAUCUUUUUGUAUUAGAACAUUAACUAUGGUAAUUUUUGUAAAAACGAAAGCUAGGCUUUCUGAUUAGCAGAAAGGUAAAACAUUCCUACAUUUUUUUUAAAUGUAUGUCCAUUGAGAAUAAUUAUGUAAAGAUACGCGCAAUGUUUUAUGUGCCUUUUAUUUGGGUUUGUCUAAAUAAAAGAAAACAAUAAAGCAUGAUUUUUCCAGUCCAUGCUGAGUCCCACGAAGGAGAGUCAAUCCUCUCCAUCUCAGCUGAAUCUCUGGACUGCACUCAAAACACUCCUAGAUCAGGAGAGAUUACUCCUUUCUGGUUUUAGUUGCUUAUCUUGGCUUUAGUCAAGGUUUCUGGGAGGCUGAGAUGGUUGCUGAUGUCCCCUCUUAAUGGAUGUUUCUGAUCUACAGACUCCUCAGUGUCUUCACCGGCUCACUGGCUCACAGUUGGCCUGCUCAUGAUGAAAGUGCCUCUGUGACUUUGCUUAUCGGAGUGGAUUGUGGGGGAUUUUGUGCCAAACCAUGGUCUGUAUGUGACAAAAACAUUUCGGUGUUUUUUUCAUUCUUUAACUAUUAAACUUGGAAAAUGUGA